AUGGUUUCAGGGAAGGGAAUGGCUUCUGAGAACUGUACAAUUGUUACUGAGUUCAUUCUUUUGGGACUGACUGAUCGUGCUGAACUGAAGAUGGUGCUCUUUGCCUUAUUCCUGGUGAUUUAUGCUGUUACUUUGGUAGGGAAUCUGGGCAUGAUUAUCUUAAUCCGAAUCACUCCCAAGCUCCACACACCUAUGUACUUCUUCCUCAGUUGUCUUUCAUUUGUAGAUGCCUGUUAUUCAUCAGUCAUUGCGCCAAAAAUGUUGAUUAGUUUCUUGGUGGUGACGGAAACCAUCUCCUUCUCUGGUUGCAUUGUACAACAUUUGUUUUUUGGAGUGCUUGUUACCACAGAAGGCUUCCUGCUGUCAGUGAUGGCUUUUGACCGUUAUGUGGCCAUUGUUAACCCCUUGCUAUAUACUGUGGCCAUGUCUAAGGGUAAGUGUACCAUGCUGGUCAUUGGGUCUGUCAUAGGCGGAACUAUCAACUCUUUGACACAUACCAUAAGUUUGGGUAGGUUGUCUUUCUGUGGGCCUAAUGUAGUGGGUCACUUCUUCUGUGAUAUCCCAUCACUGCUGAUACUCUCAUGUUCUGAUACCUCCAUGAAUGAAUUUUUGCUCUUGAUCUUCUCUGGAGUUAUUGCCAUUGGCACUCUCUUGAUUGUGGUCAUAUCCUACUUAUUCAUUGCUGUGGCCAUUUUGAGAAUCCGUUCAGCUUCUGGACGCAAGAAAGCCUUCUCUACCUGUGCCUCUCACCUGACUGCUGUGACUAUAUUUUAUGGCACCUUAAGCUUUAAUUACAUUCAACCAAGUUCCCAGUAUUCAGUAGAACAAGAGAAGGUGGUGUCUGUGUUCUAUACACUGGUGAUUCCCAUGCUAAACCCAAUGAUUUACAGUCUCAGGAACAAAGAAGUGAAAGAAGCUGCAAGAAGAGCCAUAGAAAUGAAAUUCUCCUCAUGCUAA